AGUACCAAGACUUGAAAUUAAAUCUUUAGGAGAGCAGAGCGAAUCAAAUACGUCCAUCUGCUCACAAUUUCUUGGUCCUCUUGUUAUCACUACAUAUUUUUGGCUCUUCUUCAACGAGUCGCAUCAUCCCCCGCCUUUGUUUUUCACGAUUAUCACCAUCAGUUGCAGUUAAAUAUGGAUCAGGGGAAAAAACAAAGCUCCAUCAUCGGAAGCAGCAAUAACAAGAUCUACUUGGAUCUCAAGGAUAUUAUACGGGAGCAUGCCCUUCAAUUCCUUCCAGCUAAAUCACUUUUUCGGUUUACAGGAGUUUGUCGAGACUGGAGGUUCCUGAUCUCGACUCCUUUCUUUGCACACAACCAGUCAAACAGUUUCCGUAAGAUCUCAGGCUUCUUUUUUCAGUCCUCACCUGGUGAUCAAUCCUUUCUUUCGCUCAACCCAAUGGCCUAUGGUGUUCCGGACCCUUCUUUGAAGUUUUUGCCUGAAGCUGUUGACAUUAAGAGUUCUUCUAAUGGAUUACUUUGCUGCCAGGGUCUCACUGACUACAAUGCUUACUACAUUUGCAAUCCUGCUACCAAACAAUGGCAAAAGCUUCCUAAACCAGAAAAUUAUCAUGGCCCUGAACCUGCUGUUGUGCUCAUUUUUGAACCAUCAGUAUUGAAAUUUACGGCUGAGUACAAGCUUGUUUGUGCCUUUCCAUCAGAACUUGAUGGAUACGAAUUUGAGAUAUAUUCCUCUGCUGAAGGAUCCUGGAGAACUUCUGGUGAGAUUUUCCUUGGGAGUUGCAAGAUCCAGCCAAAUUCAGGUGUUCAUGCAAAUGGUAUUAUUUAUUGGACAGCAAGGAAUACUAAAAUUCUUGCUUUUGAUCUCACAAUCGAGCGGUCACAACUCUACUAUGGUGGUGGGACCUUGGGCGUGAUCAAUGGUAAACUUUGCGGGUUGUCGGUAUCUCAUCAGAAGCUGUAUGUUAAAGUGUUAUCUAAUACAUACACAAAUACAAUGCAAAUGCAUAGUAAUAUCAAGACAUGGGAAACACACUUUAUCACUUUAGACGAUUCUGCUCCUGGCGGGGCUGUUUUUAAUCCAGAUGGUGUGUUGUAUGCACAAGAUGAUAAUUUGGUCCUUCAGUCAGGGAAAACACUUUAUUCAUAUGACAUGAAGACAAGAGAAGCCAAAAUCCUUAUGAAUGAAUCUUCUAUCAUCAGUGGUAAGAUCGUUUCUUACGUGAAUAGCCUCGUUGAUAUCUAGUUAAUCUCUCUUCUUGCACUGCUGCACAGCCCUAAAAUUAACUUUAGAGGCCGUCAUGGUUUGGAACUUAAUAGUUGUGUGUUUUGGUUAUGUUUAUUUAGAGCUUUUAUGUUUGUAGCAACAUUGCUCCUUUCGUUUACUGAUUAAACUCUUAUCUUUAGAUGGGCUUUUCAGAGAAAUAUAAUA